GGUUAUCUAUUGUCGUCUAGUGUAGUUUAACGUGCAUGGAAAAUAUUUCAAAACCGUAACUGUUUUGACAUUGUCUAGGCUGUGUUUACUGUAAUCGGUUUUAAAUUAUUCAAGCGUGCAGUGCUCCUCGUGAUUAUCUACAAUUAAUUUUUGUCCUCGUUGGGAAUGUGAAUUGUCAAGUCCUUACUCUACGCUCUACAGUGUUUUUAUAUUGAGAUAUUAUAACGAUGUCUUUUGAUACAAAAAUAAUACAUAAAUUAUAUGGUUUUCCCCCACGCAUUCAACAGCGUGUCCUUGAUGCGAAUAUAAUAAUACAAAAAAAAUAAUGUCAAAUAAUUUUCAAUGAAAUAAAUUCACCCGACUAUUAUUUAGUCGUAACACUUUCAUUAUACAUGCUCAGCAUUCAGUAGUAUUUUCCUUAUUAAAUUAAAUGCUUCCUGGCUAUGACGAAGUAUUAUUCAAAUAAUAUUUUCCUAUGCAAUAAUAUUCAAUAAACUAAUGUGUUGCACAUUUCGAUUUUAUCAAAAUUUUAUAUUAUACCAUGUUUUGACCCAAGCAUAAUAUGUUGACCGUUAAUCAAUUAUUUUUAGCUUGAUAUCCGUUGGCUGUAAUUCAAAAUAACUUAAGAUGACAGCACCGAAAAAUGUAAAUGCACUACAAAAAUCAGAAACGAAUAAAGAUCCAAUUUUGAUUAAGCCAGAUUUAAAAGGAGAUUGGUUAAAUUUCUUUUUACUUAUAUUACUUUACACGAUGCAAGGCAUGCCCUUAGGCUUAUCGUCAGCUGUACCGAUACUUUUGCAAAGUAACAAAAAUGUAACAUACAGAGAUCAGGCUUUAUUCAGUUUAGUAGGUUGGCCGUUUAGUUUGAAAAUCUUAUGGGCUCCUUUGGUAGACGCGCUCUAUAUACAAAAAAUCGGGAGGCGAAAAUCUUGGCUUAUACCAGUCCAAUUCUUAAUGGGGGCAUGUUUUCUCUAUAUGUCUAAAAAUAUCGACGAUUGGCUGCCCGAAACGGGGAAGCCGAAUAUUGUGAAACUAGUGUACGUAUUUUUUAUUGCCAAAAUACUGGCUGCCACACAAGACAUAGCUGUCGACGGUUGGGCACUGACUAUGCUGAAAAAGAAUAACGUUGGCUAUGCGUCCACAUGCCAAUCGUCGGGUCAAACGAUAGGUAUAAUGAUAAGUUCUGUGAUGUCCGUGCUUUUUACUUCAGAAAAUUUUAGCAAUAAAUACCUACGUUUAACACCUUCUACUGGAGGAAUAGUAAGCAUGAGAAGCUUAUUUUUCGUUUGGGGUAUUCUUUUUAUGUUGAUAACAACAUUAAUUGCUUUAUUCAAAAAAGAAAAAGAUAAUAGAUUAGAAGAUGAUCACGUAAAGCUCAACAUUUUUCAUAACUAUUUACUAUUAUGGGACAUUUUGAAGCUGCCUAGUGUCCGAAUAAUGGCAUUAAUUCUAUUAACAGCAAAGAUUGGAUUUGCUGCAACCGACAGUGUAUCGAUUUUAAAACUCAUUGACGCAGGUGUGUCUAAAGACAGCAUAAUGGUAAUACACACAGCCAUGUUUGCUAUAAAAAUUAUUUUACCACUUGUUGUAGCGAAAUACACUUCAGGUCCAAAACCAUUGAGUAUAUACCUAAAUGCGACUCCCAUCAGAUUACUUUGGAACGUGACGUUUGUUAUUUUAAUAUAUUAUACACCAACAUUGAUAAAACGCCAUGGAGUUAUAGAUGUUCCAAUUUAUUACUAUAUAAUUUUAGUAUUUAUACUAGCAAUACAUGACAUUUUAUCUAACAUUAUGGCUGUAGCUACAUCAGCAUUUUUCUCCCGGAUUUGUGAUUAUCGUUUUGGUGGCACCUACAUGACAUUAUUGAAUACUUUAACCAACAUAGGAGGAGCAUGGUCAUUUUCAGUUGCAAUUGCAAUGAUUGAUUUAUUAACAUUCAAGGAGUGUUCACUUGAUUCCAAGAAUAAUUGUUCAACAUCAAAUCUUCAAAACACGUGUACAGCUAAUGGAGGUGAUUGUAAUGUAUUAAUGAAUGGCUAUUAUAUAGAAGUUGCACUGUGUACCAUUAUUGGAAUCCUCUGGUACAAUAUUUUUAGAGGUGUGCUUCAAAAUCUUCAAACAAAAGAUUAUACUCAUUGGCUUGUCAACAUUAAGAAACCAGUUAAAAAAAAACGACAAAAAUAUUUAUUCAAUUUCUGUAAAUUAAUAGUAAAUUUAAUUGAUUUUUACAUUAAUUGUGCUAUUAUGUUGUAUGAUAAUAUAUAGUAUUAUUAGUUACUACAAUUUAAUAAUCGCAAUUCAAACAUAUCUGUGUAAUUAAAAUUAUU